GAAGACAGCACAGUGAGAAACUUUUUAGCAGCAGCAGCUAGUAAUAUAUACUAUUUUCUAACAUGAAUUUAUUGAUAAUCAUUUUCUGUGUUCUAAUAAAAACGAUGAUGAUAUUAGCGGCAGACAGAUUAUCAGCAAAGUCAACCACUAAUAUACAGCAGUAUGUUGCGUUCGACCCAACUCCUCCACCAACAACACAUCGUUAUACAACUUCUUUUUCACCAACAACACGUCGUUAUACUACAUUACGUGGCCCAAGAUCAAUCAAGUCUCUUUACAACUACAACUAUAAUACUGAUACCGGUAUCCAGGCGCAGGAAGAGGGUCAUUUCAAUAAUGUAGGCUCUGAUCAAGAGAACCUGGAAGCGCAAGGCAGCUACACUGACAAUAAGGGCAAUACCUUCGAGGUUUCAUAUAUAGCCAAUGAGAACGGAUUUCAGCCAGAGGGUGCUCACUUGCCCACAAUACCACCAUUAAUUAAGAAAGCUUUUCAAUACAUCGCCGAACAUCCUGAAAAGAAUACAGAAUAAGGACACUGGGACAGAAAUAUGAAUGAAAUAGAUGUGUCGGAUAUAAAUAGCUGCACAAGAUGUUAAAGUCAGUGCAGUGAGAAACUUUUAAACGGCUAUCAGCUGGUUACCGUUUUAAAUAUGAACUUAUUGGUGAGUGAGUUUUUAUGAAUUUCUAUAUAAGAGAUAUUAUGUGACGCAGUGGCAAUAUUUAUACACAUGCAAUCAAAUUUUUUUGUAAUUCCAAUAUUAUUAUGAAUUAUCACAAGUAAUAUCUUUCAGUAAAGAUUGUUUUUAAUUUAAAAUUAAUCGAUAUCAAUAUGCAAAAAUGAAA